AUGUUUGGCUCGUUUCUGAGAACCUUACCGGAGAUCACCCUCUUUCACAACAAAACGUCGCCAACAUCCGUGAAGGCCUUAGCUUUACUUCAAUCUGCUCUCUCCGACCCAUAUCCUCCACAUACAUCCAAAGCACCACUAAAGUUCAACCUAACUAUCGCGGAGAACCCACCCACCGCGGAUCAAAUCAGGACAAUGCUACCAUACCUCACACGCUCGGACUCGCCCGCAGCACUGUUAUCGUCACAUCCAUCUGCACCUAGCGGCGAGGACCGACCCACGACCCCCGAAGGCGUAGUCGAUGUAGCUACUCGCACGCCGAGUGCGCUUAAAUGGCCUAUUGUCGUCGAUUGGAACUCGGGUCGCGCGGCUGCCGGGAGUCUAGAUGGAGUUGCCGAGAUGCUUGAGUACCUGCGGAAAGUUCGUGAUGAAGAAGUGAAAGAGUCGUGA